AUGCCUCAGCUCGUAGAGCUCCCAAACGAGACGCUGGAGCAGACCACGAAGUCUCUCCUACGUGAUGACGUUGACAACUUUUUUAUCCGCUGCAAAUGCUUCUAUGCCGUAUCCGCUACGACUUUUCCGAAGCACAAGGAGAUGAAACAGCUGUACUCUUUAUAUCUCCUUCGAGCUCUUUUUGAGGAACUUGACAUCGCUGGGUAUGUUAAAAUGGCGAAGGAAAUCGCCAAUGACCUUCAGGAGGAGCUGCAAGCCACUGUGUAUUCCUUUCCGUACCUGACAGCCACAAAAAAGCUCGCAGCCUUGCAGACAUUCCUGUAUGACUUUGCUCCAAGGGACGAAGUGGAGCCAAGUAAGAUCGUACAGAGCCUAUUGCAGUCUGCGAGUCACAGGCUCGUUAACUUGGAACUGACCGAUUCAACAGACACAAGUGGCGAGAGAAUCGAAAAGGGCGACUUCAUGGGUUCGCUUCAAUGGUUCCAGGUCCUGAAGAAGAUUCGCGUCGAUUACAGGAUGUUCGGAUAUGGUCCAAGAAAUUCAGAGGCACAUCGAAUGAUAAGUGUGCUGCCGGUCUCCGUAGAAUCAGUGACAUUGACUGGGCUCGUGUUAAGUAAGAAAAACAGUGACUCAACGGGUGGAGUGUUUAGCAAAGCAAAAGGCGAAUAA